AUGGAGGAUUUCGUUGAGACCUACUCUGCGGCGAAGAUAGGUCGUGUAGCCGCAGAGCGCAUGCGGGAGAUGGCUACAGCGGUCGUUGAGAAGCGCGAGAAGGGUUGCCAAUCGAAGCUGGUUGCUUCCAUCCUCACAGCCGUUCCUCAGUACCAAUUUGUCCUGGUAAUGGAAGUGGGAAAGGACAAUAAAUUGGGGAAGUAUGUCUGUCUUCAGCAUGUCGCUAGUAUCCAGGAUCGGGUGAAUGGUGCACUCACUCAGAGUGCCAUUGAAGCUGGGGUUAUGGCGUCGUUGGGAGGUGCAUUUGAGCAAAGAGGACAGAGGCUCGACCUCUGA